AUGAUUUUAACAAAAUUUGCAUUGCUGAUUUUAUUGAUAUUAUAAGAAUUGCGAGAAAAAAAACUAAUAAUAAUAAUAAAGAAAAAAAAAGUUUUUUUUUCAAUCAUUGACUAAACUAAUUGACUGACUGACUGACUGGCCAUUCAAUUGGGGGAUACAUAAGCUUAAUACUAAUUAUAAUUAUAAUGAUGAACACCCAUACCAUGUCGUCAACAAUACCAUCAAAACUGAUAUGUUUGCCCAUCAAAGAGCUCCAGCAGUAUAUGUUAUCGUUGGAAAUGGACAAUCAGCGGCUGAAGACCGAACUGACCACUCUAUCGCAGUUUAAUUGUAUACUAGAAAAUGUCCGAAAAUCAAGUACCAAAGGUUUUCAGGCCAUGCAAUUGGUCGACCAAAAUAAACAAUGCCGGUGCAAUGAGCACCUGAAUGGCCCACUGAGGCGUAUGGCACAGGAAGCGGGUAUUGAGAUCAAAGUCUGGCAGGAACAGUACGAUAAACUAGUGUAUAAGUCGACAACUGUAACCACCAGCACCAGUACCCCCACCGCCACCAACAUCACCAACAAUAACAAUGACAAGUGCUAUAUAACGGAUAGGCCGACACCGCCGGCAAGUUUUUGCGAUACCGAAGAAGAGGUGGAAGAAGAAGAUACUAACCGAUCGACGGCCAGUCUGUCGCCGCCGACGACGACGACGACGACCAACACUAGGUUUUCCACUGGACUGUUGACACCGCCGCAGGAAAUGUCCGAAUCGUCAGUAUUCAUGGGCGCCGAUACCAGUUAUACGACAACUUUUACGCCCCAUCACAACAACCAGUCGGCGGCAGUGUUUCGCCGCCGAUCGCCAACAAACUCUGUAAUGAUGGCCAACCAUAAUAGCCAUAAUAAUCGGGAAUCGACUAAACAAAACAAYAACAAACCGUAUCUAACAUUCAACGGUACGACCAAAGAGCUGUUGAAACAACAUAACCAUAAACACGAAGACAUGUCGCCGAUGGCGGCGAUGGUAACCGACGACGAAACUGUUUUACAAUACGUAGCGCUGAGUCCGUCGGCCACCAGCGAGUCGUCGUCGUCGUCAUCGUCGUUGUUGUCCUCAACCCGAGUCUACAGCAGCGAUCAGAGCAGACGCAAUGGUGGCCAACAACACAGUGGCCUACAGGCCUGCGAUUGGCCCGACUGUGACCGCCGUUUUGACAACGAAGAGUCGCUAAUACAUCACCGCAGGAAUCACAUCCGAAAGUCGAUCUAUCACUGCGACCGGUGCGACAUCCGGAUGUUGAGCCGCCAAGAACUGGACAAUCAUAUGAAGAGUCAUCAGAAACCGUGUGACCGCCAUAUUAUUGCCGACAACGACGAUGACAGCAGUUCAACGAUUCAGCAGAUGAUUGACAACAAUACGUCAUUGCCUGAAGAAGAAGAAGAAGAAGCGGUCAAUUUAACUAAUAAGAGAAGAACCGGUAGUACUAGUAGUGCACCGGUAGUUGUUGUUGACAAUAGCUGUCACUUGGCUGAUGAUUAUGCUGUUGUUGUUGUUGAAGAUGAUGGUGUCAAACGUCGGCGUAAAUGUAAUGAUUAUAUCACUACUAAUAAUCACAACAACAACAACAACAACACUACUAAACCAGAGCUGACAUUCAAGUCGGCUCUCUUUGACCGACUGACGGCUACCGAAGCCGCCACUCCUACUACUACUACUACUACUACUACUCAUCAUCAAAAGUCUUCAGUAUCGCUGCCGACAUCGUCAUCAUCAUUGAUGCCGACAUUUAUUGUCGAUAAGACUAUCAUCAGCACCACGACAUCGACGGCUCAACCAAUGAUGACAUCGCCCUCAACAACAACCACAACAAUGAUCCCGAAUCACACAACUACUACUACUUGUCCUACAACUACCUGUACUAACCGACCGCCGGACGAAUACAAGCGUACCCGUUAUUCGGGUGUUGGCCGAUAUCGGUGUCCGUGGCCCGACUGUGGCUAUACACCGCAUUUCCUCCGCGACCUGCGCCGACAUAUGUUCAAACAUACCGGCGAUAAGAAACAUAAAUGCGAUUAUAAUGGUUGCGAUUUUGUUUCAGUCUGGAAGACAUCACUACUGCAACAUCAGAGGAAAAAACAUUUCAUCAACAAUACCACCACAACAGCCGCAUCGGUGACCACUUCUCAUCAACAAAAUAAUAAUAAUAAUAAUAAUAAUAAUAAUAAUAAUAAUAAUAAUAAUAAUAAUAAUAAUAUUAUAAGC